AUGACGAUGACAUUGUUAAGAGGAGUGAGUGUUUUUUCCAGGCGUGUGCCCGUUGCUGGUGGUUUUGGCUAUUUGAAGCGUGCUGAUAUUAGUAACGUUGUUUUACAGGGACGGACGUAUGCAAGUGCCAAGGUUGCCUUAGCAGAAGAUUUGACUUUGGAAACGCAUACAGAUAACCAAGCAGCAGCUAUUGAGCAAGCCAACGAAAGAGCCGUGUCAAAUCCCGAUGUUUUGGACAGUGGUAUACAUUCUUUGCAACAUGCAUACCGUGAAUCCGGGGAAUACGGUACAAGACCUAUAUAUCUCGACAUGCAAGCUACCACUCCAACAGACCCAAGAGUUCUAGAUACCAUGUUGAAAUUCUACACGGGGCUUUAUGGUAAUCCUCAUUCAAAUACUCAUAGCUAUGGUUGGGAAACUAACAAGGAGAUCGAACAAGCAAGAAAAUACAUCGCCGAUGUUAUCAAAGCUGAUCCAAAGGAGAUAAUCUUCACUUCCGGUGCUACAGAAUCAAAUAAUAUGGCUUUGAAGGGUGUCUCAAGGUUUUACAAGAAGACAAGAAACCAUAUUAUCACUACAAGAACUGAACACAAGUGUGUGUUAGAAGCCGCCAGAGCUAUGAAGAACGAAGGAUACGAAAUCACAUUUUUGAAUGUUGAUGAGCAGGGUUUGAUCAAUUUAGAAGAGUUGGAAGCUGCGAUCAGACCUGAAACUUGUUUAGUUUCUGUUAUGGCCGUCAACAACGAAAUUGGUGUUAUGCAACCAUUGAAAGAAAUUGGUGAACUUUGUAGAAAACGCAAAGUUUUCUUCCAUACCGAUGCAGCGCAAGCUUAUGGUAAGAUACCUAUCGAUGUGAACGAAAUGAAAAUAGAUCUGAUGUCCAUUUCCUCACACAAAAUUUAUGGUCCAAAGGGAAUUGGUGCCAUUUACGUUAGAAGAAAGCCAAGAGUCAGAUUAGAUCCGCUUAUCUCCGGUGGUGGUCAAGAAAGAGGUUUACGUUCUGGUACAUUGGCUCCACCUUUGGUUGCCGGCUUCGGGGAAGCAGCAAGAUUGAUGAUGAAAGAAUACGAGAACGACUCAAAUCACAUUAAAAGAUUAUCUGACAAAUUAAUGAACGCUUUGUUAUCUAUUGACCAUACAAUCUUAAACGGUUCUGCUGACCAUCGUUACCCAGGUUGUGUUAACAUUUCAUUCGCAUAUGUCGAAGGUGAAUCCUUAUUGAUGGCUCUUAGAGAUAUUGCUUUGAGUUCUGGUUCUGCUUGUACUUCGGCAUCUUUAGAACCAUCUUAUGUGUUGCAUGCAUUGGGUAAAGAUGAUGCUUUAGCACACUCUUCCAUCAGAUUCGGUAUUGGUAGAUUCACCACUGAUGAAGAAAUUGAUUACGUUAUCAAGGCUAUCACGGAAAGAGUUGAUUUCCUAAGAGAGUUGUCCCCAUUAUGGGAGAUGGUCAAGGAAGGUAUUGACUUGAACUCCAUCGAAUGGUCAGGUCAUUAA